CAAUGAAACUUAUGAAAGCGGCGCUUUGAAGUUGUUUCUCUGCCGCAAAGAUAAAAGCGUCUCAGAUUAAGAAUGUGAGAUGAUCGACAGAUCAGACAUCACUCCGCCUGGCUUCGAGUCUUUAUGAAAGGAGGAAAACUCGCCAAAGUCUCUCUUUAGGAGGCAACAGAGAACGUGGUAACAGCAAUGAUUUACAUCGCAACGAUAGGAUGGAAGUAUUUAUCUGGAAAUUACUGUUUUUAAUGUCAAAGCAGAACUGAAUGCCUGUGUUGUGAGUGACUGAAGUCAUGGCUUACUGGAUCCAGUUUCGUUGGAGAAUCUGGUUGUUGGUUCCACUGGCUCUGGAUCAUCUCGCUCUUGCUGAUGAUCUGAAGCCCACCAGAUGGCCUCUUUACCCUCAGAAGCCUGUGGUUCUGGUCUGGAAUGCCCCAACAGAAGACUGCAGUCUUCGGCACAAGGUCCACUUCCAGCUCGAUCAAUUUCAGAUCGUGGCAUCUCCGAAUAAAGGCUUUGCCGAGCAGAACCUCACCAUAUUCUACAAAGAGCACCUGGGCCUUUAUCCGCACUUUCAUGAAGGUGUGGCUGUCAAUGGUGGACUACCACAGAUCGCCAGCCUCACGCACCACAGAGAGACGAUGCCGGAGGGGAUCGCAAAGUACAUUCAUGACCAAUCGGCGCGAGGCCUGGCCGUGAUCGACUGGGAGGAAUGGCGUCCAAUUUGGAAACGGAAUUCGGAUGCCAAAGACAUUUACAAGAACCAGUCGCAGCGCUUAGUGGCCCAGAAAAACCCGGGCUGGACUUCAACCCAGAUUUACAAAGUAGCUCAGCAGGAGUUCGAGAUGUCCUGCCGUAAAUUCAUGUUAGAGACGUUGCGGCUAGCCAAAAGCUUGCGUCCUAACCAGCUUUGGGGCUUCUACCUCUUUCCUGACUGCUACAACCACGACUACCGCAACAGUCUGGAGAACUACACGGGACGCUGCCCGGAUGCGGAGGUGGCCAGGAACGACCAGCUGAAGUGGCUGUGGACUGAAAGCACGGCCCUGUUUCCAUCCGUGUAUAUGAGCUCGGUGUUGCGUUCGACAUCCUCCGGUCGCCAGUUUGUCCGAAGCCGGGUGAAGGAGGGAAUGAGAUUGGCAUCGGUGGGAGAGGGAUUGGCACGUCCUGUUUUUGUCUACAGCCGCCCUACCUAUGCCAAUGAGCUGGAGCUGCUGACAGAGAUGGAUUUGGUGUCCACCAUUGGAGAAAGUGUGGCUCUGGGAGCAGCUGGUGUCAUUCUCUUCGGUGAUGCUGCUUAUGCCGGCAGCAAUGACACUUGUUCCAGUUUAAACCAGUACUUGCAGGGUCCACUGGGCCGUUACCUCCUCAAUGUUUCCACAGCAGCUGAGCUGUGCAGUCGCUUCGUGUGCAGCUCUCACGGACGCUGUCUGCGCAGACAUCCGGACACAGACACGUAUCUCCAUCUUGACCCACAGACACACACGAUAGAAGGCCAGGGGAGCGAACUGCGCGUGAAGGGAGAUGUGAGUGUGGAAGAGCAGCAGCGGAUGAGCCAAGACUUCCAGUGCCAGUGCUUUAGUGGGUAUCAGGGUGAGAGAUGUGACUUCAAGGACCCGCUUCAGCAGCGAGGAGACGGACAUGCACUGAAAGCAUUAUGGAUGUACCUUCUCACUCCAUUGCUGCUGCAUUUACUGACCUGAGCACAAACCAUAGAGACUCAAAAACUCAUUUUCUCGCUUAUGAAAUGUUUGGCUGGUCAGUGCGCUCCAAAUGCUGUUGUGAAAAGGUCCUUCGCUUUCAUGAAGUCAUGUGAUUGACCUUGAAAUUGAAAUUUAUAUGUAGAAACAGGAAACUCCCGAGUUCCUUGGAGUUUAAAUAAGCACUUUUGUUUGUUGUCACACGUUACUCUCACAACAUUCGAACCAGAUGUAGGAUAUUGUGCAACUGGGAAAUCUAAUGAAAAUGUAUGACUAGCUGAUGAGUGGAUUCAUUAAGGAGAAGUCUUGACUCGAGUCACUGUUAAAACAAUUUGAAUCGGUGGACAUUUGGUUUUAAGUGGCUGUGGUUUGAGUGUAGAUUUGAGAUGACUCUAUAAAGAAGUUUUGUAUCUUAAACUACAAUGUAGGUUGCAAGUGUCAAAUGUAUAGUUGAGCGAAUACACAUGUAUGAUUUGAAUAGGUGGAAAUAGAUGAAUAGGUUCAAGUUCACUUUAUUUGUACCCUUAGGUAAACUAGGGGUGCAGUGUUAUGAGUUCUCACAUCUUCCAUAUUUUACAGACACCACAAACAUUAAACAACAUAUAUGAUGAAAGUGCUUUAAGGUUCCCAGCAUCACAAAAAAAAAAGGUGAUUAAUGUUUUCAUCAGCUGUUUGGACUCUGAUUCUGACGGUACCCAUUUACUGCAGUGGAUCCAUGGAUGAGCAAGUGAUGAAAUGCUAGAUUUCUCCAAGUCCAAAAAUAAAGCCCCCCCCCCCCCCAAUAAAAUAAAAUAAAGAAAGAAAGAAAAUAUGAAAGAUGCUACUAAAGAACAGACAGUUAUUUAUACCCUGUUGUUUAUAUACUGUUGUUUGGACUAUAUCUUCUAUUUAUUUUGACUGUUUCUUGGAGCAAUAUAAUGUUGCCAAAUCAGCAUAUUUGAAUGCACAUUUUUUGCUUGGUUCAGCGUCUCCGUCAGCAUUAUAACAGUGAUUGUUAUGGUUAUGAGAGUAAUGUGACAGCGCUUGUAUUCGUGUGGAAAAAAGCACUGGACUGUGAGAGAAGCAUUUGCAUACGUCUUUAAAUUGUCAACACAAUUGUAACAUAGAUUUUCUGAAAUUGUGAUGCACAAAAAAAAUCAUUUUAUAUUUAAUCAAAAUUAUUUCUGUGUUUGAUUAAUUUUUUUUUUUACUCAUAACCUUGUUUGUUCAUUUUAAUUUUUUUUCCAUUCUUUUCACAUUUCUUGUCUCAAAUUUAUUUUGUCCAGUAACCAUUUAGUGUUUCUCAGUUAGUGGAAGUUUUUUCUGAGGAAAUAAGAACUAACUGGAGGAAACGUAUGAGACUACAAACCUUGGAUCUGCCCAGCAAACGGACCAGCCCAAAUUACAGGGUUUACAAACCAAGAAGUUAUUUUUGUUGCUUUGGACUCUGUGAGCUUUUACUCCAAAUAGAAUCAAAGCAAUGUGACACAUGGUGUGUUUGUUAAUCUUUAACCACUCUAUAAAUGACUUUAGUUGCUUUGCAUUCAGGUUCAGUGUUUUAUGUUGUUAUCCACAAAUCUAAUUUUCAGUUCUUCGUUUGUUAAUUUUAGCCUUUGCAUGUAAAAAGGAUGUUUUCUAACUAUGAAUUGAUUUUAAAAUUGCUUCCUUGUUUUUGAUAAUUAAAGUCAUGAUCUUGAAAUGUUGUUACCCACAUGACCAUAAAUGACAAGACAUGGAAAGAACAGUUAAAACAUAGUAAUGGUAUAAGAACAUAAUAAUAAAAUGAAUACCAUGACACUAAAUUAUUACCAUAUUGAUGUGGCAUCGCAUUUACAAUGAUAUGUCAAAUAUAUAACCAAACAUGUGCAAAAAUA